AACCCACGGAAGCAAGACAAAAGCUCGUGCUGGACGACAUCUCCCCUGUCGAUCCACGACCAUGAUGCAGCAGCUCCGUCACAGCCAGCCGAGCCCGUGCCUCUGCGGCCUGCGGGCGGCACGGCCUAUGCUCGCCCUCGGCGCAGCAGCAUCCCGUUCGCGGCCCGCCGGAAAACUGCAACCGAGCGUCUGCCUCGGCCUCGGCCAUGUAGCCCCAGCCGCGGCGAGAGGACAGCCCCGUCCCCGUGCCGUUGCCGACUCGGCGCUGGGAGCAUCGCCUACGAGCGUGCAUGUCGGAGGCAAGCUGCUGCUGCAGAACUUCGCCGCCGACAGCCAGCAGCGGCUCAAGCUCUCCAUCCAGCUUGUCAGCGCCACCGUGGCCGAUCCCGACGGGCGCGGGGUGAAGGCGGAGGCGUCGGUGCUGGACGCCGUCGUGGGCAGCGGGGACAGCGAGCUCGACGUGGACCUGAUCUGGGACGAGGCGCUGGGCGCGCCCGGCGCGGUGGUGGUGAAGAACCACUCCGACUUCCCCGUGUACCUGAGGCUGCUGAGCGUGCCGGCCGGCGUCGGCGGCGCCGACGACGAGGCCGCCGCCGUCCACUUCGCCUGCAACGGAUGGGUGUACCCCGUCGACAAGCACCCGUACCGCCUCUUCUUCACCAACGACGCGUGUGUCAAGGAAGAAACGCCGAGCGCCCUGCUCAAGUACCGGGAGGACGAGCUCGGCGCGCUCCGGGGAGACGGCGAGACGACGGAGCGACCGUUCCAGCCGUGGGACCGCGUGUACGACUACGCGCUGUACAACGACCUGGGGAACCCAGACCUGCGCCAGGACCUGGCGCGCCCCGUGCUGGGAGGAUCCCAGGAGUACCCGUACCCUCGGCGUACCAAGACCGGCCGACCAGCCGCCAAAACAGAUCCUCGGUCGGAGAGCAGAGCGCCGCUGGACGAAGAGAUCUACGUCCCCUGCGACGAGCGCGUCGGCUUCGCCAGCAUCCCCGCGCCGACGCUUCCGCCGCUGGGCGGGCACUUCAGGUCCCUCGCCGAUGUCUACCGCCUCUUCGGCCUCGACGACCUCGGCCGGCUCCCGGAGGCCAAGGCGGUCAUCAACAGCGGCGCGCCGUUCCCCGUCGUGCCUCAGGUCAUUUCAGUGAACCCGACACAUUGGCGGAAGGACGAAGAGUUCGCGCGGCAGAUGAUCGCCGGGGCGAACCCGGUGUGCAUCAAGCGCGUCACCAAGUUCCCGCUGGCGAGCGAGCUUGACCGCGGGGUGUUCGGCGACCAGGACAGCAAGAUAACCAAGGACCAUGUCGAGAAGAACAUGGGCGGCAUGACGGUGCAGCAGGCCGUAGAGGAGGGGAGGCUGUACGUCGUGGACCACCACGACUGGGUGAUGCCAUACCUGAAGCGCAUCAACGAGCUCCCUGCGAGCGAGGAGAAGGCGGAGGUGUCGCAGAGGAAGGUGUACGCCGCCAGAACGCUCCUGUUCCUGGACGGCGAGGACUCGUCGAUGCUCAGACCGCUGGCGAUCGAGCUCAGCUCGCCGCACCCGGAGAAGGAGCAGCUCGGCGCGGUCAGCACGGUGUACACUCCACCGGACAGCGGGGACGACGGCAUCACGGCCGGGAGGUUCUCAACCUGGGAACUGGCAAAGGUUUACGCCUCUGCCAACGACGCAGCCGAGAACAACUUCGUCACUCACUGGCUCAACACGCACGCAUCCAUGGAGCCGAUCGUGAUCGCGGCGAACCGGCAGCUGAGCGUGCUGCACCCAAUCCACAGGCUCCUCAAGCCGCACUUCCGGAAGACGCUCCACAUCAACGCCGUCGCACGCCAGAUCAUCGUCGGCUCGGGUGACCAGAGGAAGGACGGCAGCGUCUUCCGUGGCAUAGACGAGGUCACGUACUUCCCCAGCAAGUACAACAUGGAGAUGUCCUCCAAGGCGUACAAAGCCUGGAACUUCACGGACCUUGCUCUUCCCAACGAUCUCAUCAAGAGAGGUCUGGCAAAAGGAGAUCCAAAGAAGCCAGAGACGGUGGAGCUGGCGAUAAAGGACUACCCGUACGCGGUGGACGGGCUCGACAUGUGGGCGGCGAUCAAGAAGUGGGUGGCUGACUACUGCGCCAUCUACUACGCCGACGACGGCGCGGUGGCGAGGGACAGCGAGCUGCAGGGGUGGUGGAGCGAGGUCAGGAACGUGGGGCACGGCGACCUGGCGGACGCGCCGUGGUGGCCGGCGAUGGACUGCGUCGCCGACCUCGUGGAGACCUGCGCCACCGUCGUCUGGCUGAGCUCGGCGUACCACGCGUCCAUCAGCUUCGGGCAGUACGACUACCUGGGCUUCGUCCCGAACGGGCCCUCCAUCACCACGCGGCCGGUGCCGGGCCCGGACGCCGGGGCGGAGGUCACGGAGUCGGACUUCCUGGCGAGCGUCACGCCGGUCACCGAGGCGCUCGGCUUCAUGUCCAUCGCCUCGGGGCCGAUGGGGCUCAAGGGCACGGAGGUGUACCUGGGGCAGCGCCCGGACACGGAGCAGUGGACGCGCGAGCGGAGGGCGGCCGAGGCGCUGGCGGAGUUCCGGGCGAGGUUGGAGGAGGUCGCGGGCAACAUCGACAGGCGGAACGCGGACCCUGCGCUGAAGAACCGGACGGGGCAGGUGGAGGUGCCCUAUACGCUGCUCAAGCCGACGGCACAGCCCGGACUGGUGCUCCGUGGCAUACCCAACAGCAUCACCGUUUGAGCAGCAGAGCGCCGUCGGCAGCUGUCAGCUGUGUACAGUACAGAAUAAUAAGGUGGUCGUGUUUGGCGCUAUCUCCACCACAUAAACGUGAAAAUGUUUUUUUUUGAA